UUGGGAGCAUGUAGUCGAUGGUCCACGGUUAACGCGCGCUGUGGUGGCAAAGCUUUUUCCAACCUUGUCACAGUCUUUCCGUUUCAAUACUUUCAUACUCAAUCCGAAACCAAGCCGAGCAAAAACUUUCGUCAUUUCGUCGUCUUUUUAACUCUAAAUCGGUGUUUACGGUUUUUGGCAUUUCAUUUAUUUUCGAAUAUAGAAUACAUGCUAAGUUAACAAGAACGUACUUUCUUCGUUUUUUUUUUAUCAAACUGACUUGUCAUUAUUGGUUAUUAUCGGCAACGAAAAAUGUUAUAAUAUAUCGAAAAACGAUGUUUGGAUUACUAGUCGCCAGUCGUUUGGUUCAAACGGACUUUCAACAAGUUGGAGAAACACAGUUUCUUAUAACGGUCAAUGAUGCCGACAAUAUCAACCACAUUGGUCUUUUUCUCACAGGGACUGUACCGUUUCCAGAGGGAAUGGGUGGUGCCGUAUACUUUAGUUGGCCGGAUCCCAACGCUCCACCAAAUUGGCAAUUCCUAGGAUAUAUUUCCAAUUGUAAACCAUCGGCUAUUUUCAAAAUAUCAAAUUUAAAGAAAAACCAUGAAUUUGAAAAUAGCAAUUUAGGGAUAUUUGGCAUUGGGAAAAUUUCCCAUGUAGCUCAGAUUGGGGUAUCGGUGGAACCUCUGAAUAUAAUAGAGCAACAGGCUGUUGCCGUAGCAACCACAACUACCAACACAUUUGUUGAAUUUACUCAAAAAAUGAUAACAAGCUUUUUAAAUUACAUUUCUAGCUUUUCUGUCACACAGUCUCAAAUGACUCCUAAUCCAACUGAAAAUUUUGUACCUCUGUCCUCUGUUCAGAGCUGGUAUGAAACAUUCGAGAGAAGGUUACAGCAAAAUCCAAAUUUCUGGAAAGCAUGAUGUUUGAUCGUGAACCCAUUGAGAAAUUGUUAUUUCCAAUGUCUCAUAAGCGCAGCAUAAAUUGAACCGAGCUGCCCUACGACCUUCCUCCUUUCUGUUAACCACUUUUUUGGCCUUUUUUUUCUGAAACGAAAAUUUGCAUUUCUAUCAAUUAGCCACAUUGUAAGUGAUAAUUAUUUAUAAUUAAAGCGGUCUAAUGAACAUUGGCUCGAUUGCGUAUUGAAUACUCGUUAUGAAUUGUUCACUCGGUUCGUUCUCACGAUAACACGAUAAUAAAUAAAAAAUAAUAUCAAUCGCGCAAUUAGCACUCCUGGGUUCACGUCUUACCAUUCGUUUAACCACGUGCGUUUGUUGUUGUGACAAUUCGAAUUUAUACGCUCAAUAUGGCUUGUGAUUUGUAAGCAAAUGUUUCUGCAAACUUUUUUUACAAUACACUUAACAUAAAAUACAAA